AGCAUUGGCCCAAGAAAUGCAUGCCCAUGGCUUCCGCGCACGAAGUGGCAGAGGAUGCCCAUGCUCUGAUUCUGAACCAUUUUACUCAAUGGGAUGCAGAUAGCAGUGGAACCAUUGACAGGGACGAGCUUGCGUCCAUCAUGUACAAGGUUUCAUCAUCAAUGUCCCAAGGAGACAUCGACCGUCUCCUCUCAGCGAUUGACACGAACCGUGAUGGAAUUAUUGACUUCCGAGAGUUCGUAUCUUGGUUGACUGACAGGAGGGCAGACAGGACUAUUGGAAAGGAUGGCUGGAUCGAAAGAUUCGACAUUCACAGCUUGCUGAGGCCCAUGUUCAACGUGUUUGAUCGGAACAAUGAUGGUUUCAUUCGAAGGUCCGAGUUGGAAGAGUGCUCUCAGAUCCUGGGGAACUCUCUGAGCAUACAUCCUUUGGCCACCUCUGACUGCUUGGUUCUGGAUUGGAAGCAGUUGCCGGCCAAAGAUGUGGUGGACUUCAAGGAGUUUGUCGACUGGCAAGUGAAGCAUUUGCAGAAGUCUGGCAUUCCAAACAAUCAGCUGCCGAAGCUGAUGGAAGAGCUUUGCGAGUCCUUGCAGAUCAUUUUUGACAUCGACAAGCUCCACCAGGAAGGAGCCCCAAGCUCAAAGGUGCACGAGGCAUUAUCGCAGUCUGUGAAGAGGGUGGCAGAAACUACUCGCAGGAUAUACACAUCAAAGCUGGAGAAUAUGCAAGGACAGUCGGAGGUACCUUUUGACCUGCAGUUCUGGGUCAAUCCUCCGACAAUGAACGAUAUGCAUCGACUUGCCAGAGUUUGUGCCAAACGCUGCGGUAUCAGGCUGCUGAAUUACCAAGAGGAGGGUUCCAUAGAGCCUGCUGUGGACCGGGGGAGACGGCGCUCCAGCGCGUUGCCGACUUCCAGCUCUUCUCGGCCGGGUAGAAGGCCGAGCUUCCAGCCGCUGUCAUCGCGGCAGCGGAAGAUCAGUUUUCGGAGUGAGAUCCGCUUGGCGAUCGGACAAGUUGUGGCUUGCAUUCCAGACCUGGACUUGCCGACCGGCGCCCACAGGCCAUGGUUGGCGAAGAUCUCCCGUCAGCACCUGGACCCCGAAAGCAAAAGGAUGAUCGAUGAUGUGCUGAUCUAUUCUUUGGAUCGAGAGUCCAAUGAAUGGAUUGUCUAUGAGGACGUACGCCGUUUCGAAGAGAUUUGGAAGCUGCUGCCUUCUGCGCUUCAGCUCCUGGCCUUGCUCAAGGCGCAGGCCCUGAUGGGGGACCAGCUCAGCUGGUUCGGGGCGAAGACCGCCAUGGAAGCGGCAGAGCACCAGAACCUGCUGGACGCGGAGGCUGGCGAAAAGUAUGUGGAUCAUAUGGAGGCGAAAGCGGUGGAGCAUGUCAGAGACGUCUACACGGCGAGCGAGCUCGCGACAUUGGACAGCAUAGAGGAGGCAGCAAUUGAGUAUCUCGAGGAGCAGGUCAAGUUUUCGCCCAUCGAAAUUCUCGCUGUUUUGAGCGAGCUUAAUUUGGUUGAAGUGCCAGACGAAGUCUGGGGACAGCUUCUGGGUGAUGAAUAGUGAAACUGACGUGAUGUCUGCUUUUUUGCUGCUCUAAGGGGCCGCCCCUCAUAGAAUUUGAUUACUACCGUGAUCGGCGAAUGUCGAUGCAUUAAUUUGGCGCGCAUGUUCACAAAAUGUGAACCUUGCAAUUGCACACUUUAUUCGCGCGUGGGCCAG